GAAUACGAUUCCGGAUUCUGUUUCCCGGGUCCCAACCCCACUCCGAAUCCUAGCUGGCUCAGAUUUUCUACUCUCAUAUAUAUAUAUAUAUAUAUAGGCCUCCACGGUCUCGUGCACAGAAAAAAUUGAAUCGAAUCGAAUCGAAUCGAAUCAUGGAGAGAAGCCUUAGCAAGGGCAGUGAUAACCAGAGUGACGACUUGGAUGCCAAGAAAGGCACUGCCGGAAAGACCAAAAAGAAGUUGAAUGUUGAGGAGGCGUUCAAGGCCACGGCGGUGCCGCCGUGGACCAAGCAGAUUACGGUGAGGUCGAUGGUCACCAGCUUCAUUCUCAGCAUCGUCUUCAACUUCAUCGUCUGCAAGUUGAACCUCACCACUGGUGUUAUUCCCUCGCUCAACGUCGCCGCCGGACUGCUCGGCUUCGCCGUGGUGAAAGGCUACACCGCCAUGAUCGACAAGUGCGGCUUCUUGAAGCAGCCUUUCACUCGCCAGGAAAACACCGUCAUUCAGACUUGCGUCGUCGCCUCUUCCGGGAUCGCCUUUAGCAGUGGAACUGCAAGUUAUUUACUGGGAAUGAGUGCAAAGAUUGCUGCGCAAGGAGAUCUAGGCAACACCCCGAUCAACAUAAAGAAGCUUGAUGUUGGAUGGAUGAUUGGGUUUCUCUUCGCUGUCAGCUUCGUCGGGUUGUUUUCGAUUAUGCCCCUCAGGAAGAUGAUGAUCCUGAAGUACAAGUUAACGUACCCGAGUGGAACUGCAACUGCAUACCUCAUCAACAGCUUUCACACACCCAAAGGAGCUAAGCUGGCAAAGAAACAGGUUGCUGUGCUCUUCAAAAGCUUCUGUUUCAGCUUUGCGUUUGCCUUCUUCCAGUGGUUUUUCGCUGCUGCUGACGGCUGCGGAUUUUCCAGCUUCCCAACAUUUGGUCUUAAAGCCUUUGCUAACAAGUUUUACUUUGAUUUUUCAGCGACUUAUGUUGGCGUUGGCAUGAUCUGCCCUAUCAUGGUCAAUGUAUCUUUGCUUGUUGGAGCCAUUAUUUCAUGGGGAAUCAUGUGGCCCUUGAUUGAGACAAAGAAAGGUAUCUGGUACAGCGCUAAUCUAUCCGCCAGCAGUCUCCACGGCAUCCAAGGAUACAGGGUUUUUAUUGCUAUAGCGAUGAUGCUUGGCGACGGUUUGUUCCAUGUAGUCUACAUGCUCUUCAUGACCACAAAAAGUCUCGCGACACAAAGAUCAGAGAAGAAACUUGAGUCGUCUUCAUCACCACCUGUAAAUCUUGACAGUGUUGAAGCCGGAGGGUCCUCCGAAGUUGUCUCGGCAAACUAUGAUGAACAACGAAGAAUCGAGUACUUCUUGAAAGACCAAAUCCCCAGCUGGGUUGCUUUCUCUGGCUACAUUGUGCUCGCAGCCAUAUCCAUCAGUGUGGUACCCUUGAUCUUCCCCCAACUGAAAUGGUACCAUGUGCUGGUUGCAUAUCUGAUUGCCCCAGUCUUGGCCUUCUGCAAUGCCUACGGCUGUGGCCUCACUGAUUGGUCUCUUGCCUCCAACUAUGGCAAAUUUGCCAUCAUAAUCUUCAGCGCUUGGGUUGGCCUUGACCACGGUGGUGUCAUUGCCGGCCUUGCUUCUUGUGGUGUGAUGAUGAGCAUUGUCGCGACCGCUUCUGAUCUCAUGCAAGACUUCAAGACAGGAUACCUCACGCUCUCGUCUCCUCGAUCCAUGUUCUUCAGCCAAGUCUUUGGCACAGCCAUGGGAUGCGUCAUGUCUCCAUUAGUAUUCUGGGUUUUCUACAAAGCUUACCCACUUGGUGAUCCAGACGGCCCUUAUCCUGCACCCUACGGCCUAAUGUACCGCGGCAUUGCACUCCUUGGAGUUGAGGGUGUCGGUUCCCUCCCCAAAAACUGUGUCGUGCUUGCAGUCUCGUUUUUCGCAGCUGCAGUCGCCAUAAACAUAAUCAUCGAGCUGUUACAGCGUUAUGAAACCAAGUACAGGAUCUAUAGGUUCAUUCCCAGCCCAAUGUGCAUGGCGAUUCCAUUCUACCUGGGUUCCUACUUCGCCAUUGACAUGUGCGUGGGAAGCUUGAUCCUCGUCCUGUGGCGGAGGAAGAACAGGCAAAAGGCCGAUGACUUUGGGCCAGCUGUGGCGUCGGGACUCAUCUGCGGUGAUUCAUUGUGGGGCGUUCCGGCUGCUAUCCUGGCCAUUGCGUCUGUCAAAGCUCCUAUCUGCAUGAAGUUCCUCUCUGCUUCUGCCAACAACAAAGUUGAUUCCCUAUUAGGUAGCUAGCUUAAUUUGAUUACUAGUUAAUUAAUUUCAUGCGACUGUUGUGUGUAUAUAAUAUAUAUGCAGCUGGUAGCUAGCUUGCUGUUUAUUUGAAUAUUAUUCCUACCUUUGCUAUAUAAUUUUCGGAUUGAUGUGGUUGGUAAAAGUUUUUUAUCUACUUUGGAAAAAAAAAAGAAUUUCUGUUAGUUUUA